UUGCUACCAAAUAAAGUACCCUAACUAAAUUAUACAUAUCUUUAGUAAGUAACUAGAAGAGAGGAUUGAAAAUAAGCAAAUAGAAGAAGAAAGAGAUAAGAAUGAGUACUACAAACGAAGAUUGGAGAAAAAAUGCAGAAACACACAAGAUGAGUUCAGAAGAAGUAAAAGCAGCAGGAGUAGAAGCUUCAAAGAGACCACCAGGAAGUAAUCAUGGCUCAGCUGCUGCUGGUGCAAAUGUUCUUCAUCAAAGAAAAUCACUUCCAUACAACUUUACUACGAUGACUAUUGGUGGUUUGCUUAUUACUGCUGCUAUUGGUUAUACAGUUUUGUAUACCAAGAAGAAGCCUGAAGCAUCUGCUGUUGAUGUUGCUAAGGUUACUGCUGGAGUUGCAAAUCCUGAGGACACUCAUCCUAAGAAAUAGUUUGUUUUAGUUACGAUGCAAACUUUUAUAUUGCAACAAAAAUACUAUCGAUGAAGUUAAAAUUGUAGUUGUGAUAUGUGUUAUGGUCUUUUUAUAUUGCGGAUUGGAAUUUAAAACCAUGCUGGGCAUAGUUGCUUUCUAUAUACCAUACGUUGUUAUA